CUUGUAAGCUAUGUUGUACUUUUAUCUUAAAUGCAGGCAAACAAUGACUUAUCCUUCCUCGUGGAUGUCUGAAUUGCCCCCGCAUAUAUCGCGAAAACCCCUUAAUUUGAUAUCUAUUCCAGGUAGCCAUGAUUCAUUCACAUAUUCCAUUACUCAAAGUAGCCGACCUUCACCAGAGGGACCUAUCUAUCAUCUAGCCAAAUAUAUUCCUCGUAAACUGUUAAGUCGAAUCUUAUACCCAUGGAGUGUGACACAGUCAUUAAGUUUAUCCGACCAGUUAAAAGCUGGUAUUCGAUAUUUUGAUUUUCGUGUGUGCUCCAAAAGAAAAGGAAAAAGAAGAAGGUUAAAACAGAGUGAUAGUAUUGAUUAUGAAUUUUACUUAGUACAUGGACAAUACGCCAAUCUACUUUCAAAAGAACUUCAAAGUAUUCUGGACUUUCUUCAGUCCAAUCCCAAGGAAAUUGUUAUUGUGGAUUGUAAUCAUUGUUAUUAUUUUGAAACAGAUGAACAGAAAAAUUGCUUUGAAUCACUUGUACUAAAGACUAUAGGUACCAGUAUGUUUCCUUACCAACCAAACAUUCCCUCCUUAAACGAUAUGUGGAAUGCUAAACAGCAAAUCAUAUUUAUAUCUUCUCAUCGAAAGAAUCAUGAGAUAAAGCACUACAAAUUUUGGCCAUCUAAUUGCAUUGAAUCAUUUUGGCCUGAAACUAUUGACCCACUGACUAUGAUAUGCUUUUUAAAUAGACAUAUUGGACCUCAUCAAUAUCGACCAGCCAAUUCUUUCUAUGUACAUCAAGGUGUUCUCACACCGACAGUGGCAUUCAUUUUACGCCAUCCAUUUUCUUCAGUUCAUCAUUUAGCUAAAAUUGCUGCAAAAUACUUUGAAGGUUGGGUAAAUAAUCCUGAUCGUCGAGCUGGUGUAAACGGUGUUAAUAUUACACUGAUCGAUUAUGUUUCAACAACGUAUCCCAGUUACAUACUUGAUGUUAUAUCGAUAAAUUAUAAAACUUGGCCAAGAUGUUAAACUAAUUGCUCAACUGUUUAAGACAUCAACAUACACCUCUAUUCAUAUUUUAUAUUCUUUCAGUCUUGUUUUAUUUUUUAUUAUACUUGAUCUUACUUAUUUAUUAUAAGUUAACUUCUUAUGAUCUGGUGAUUUUUGAAUAAUUUUCUUUUAUUUAUCUGUGAUAUAAAUAAUUUCACUGACUCUUCUUUUUGUUUUUAUGAAAGUUUUAUUUAUAUUUUCUGUCAGUAAACUUAUACACUUACGAAUUAUGAUGAUCAUACUUUUAUCGCCUGCAUUCACUUUCUUUUUCUUCUGCUGAAAAUUAUGGUUAAUGAUUCCAUGGGUUCCCCCUUGCUGAAUACUGACGACUAAUCAACUACUGUGGCAUAACUGUAUUGAUGAGUCAACAAAUAACUAAUUCAAACGAUUUCAUAAAUCCAGGCUUCAAGGUUAUCCAAUCGCAUUAUAAUAGACAUUCUACUUCGGUUUAAUUUGUCCAGAUUGGUGUAAGCUAGUUGGUGGUCUAAGCGUCUUUCAGCUGGUUUACACAAAGUCAAGGGGAUAUAAAAGUUGUCGGAUAUAACUGUUUAUAGACGUUACCUAGUUAUUACUAUACCUUCGAUGUCGUACUAAUGGUGAAUACCGUUUUCUGGUCGCUUGG